AUGGCGCCGCUGCGCGAGCUCCGGAGGCUGGCGGAUGGCGUGGGCCUCGUGCUCGCCGAGGCGGCGAGGAGCUCGCGGGCCUUCGAAGCCGCCCGUUCUGCCGGCAGCGUCGAGUCCGCCGUGGUGGCGGCCCUGAAGGCGGCCAUCGUGGCUGCCACAGACGUCGCGGGGCUCACCAGUGGCCGCGUCCGCGUGUACGAGGCGCCCGGGCCUCGUUCUACCGUCGUACACUUCUCCUCGGGGCCGCCGGCGGGCGCGUCGUCUGGAUCCGUCUCCGUGGCAGCGGAGUCGGCUUCGCCGCCGGCGGGAGCCACCGGGGUGGACACGCCCGCGGGGGAGACUUGUGAUGCCGCAGGGGACGCCGCGGUGUUGGAUGUUGCGCAAAGCGUUGCUGAAGAAAGAGGCAAUGAAUUGGCGCCGACGGUGGCGGAGCAGGAAGGAGAGCCCGGGAAUGGGAGAAUCGUUCAAGCGAGAAGACAGCGUCGUCCUCGCGAGAGGAGAGUUCCAUCCACCCCUCUCGGAAGAGCCAUUGGGUAUGAACCGUGUUUCACGUCGUGGGCAACCCGUUCUGAUCGAAAAUCUUGAAUAUAUUACCGAGGCCGCUCUCACAUUCAUAAAAAAUCGCUGAAAAUGGCGCUGGGUAUUUUGCGUUUUAUCUCCUGGCUCCUACUUUCUUCUCUGCCCUGCGCAAUCGAAUGGGUGGGCGACUGGUAACAUGAAGGGUCUCUAAUGCUUUCUGCUCUAGGAUUUAACCUUCUUCUUCAUGUUGUGAAUCAAGCUGGAGACAGAAUUUAGCAGCCUCAUCUGUUCCUCCGUGAGAUCCAUCAGGAAAUGAGUGUGAAAGCAAGGGAGUCCUGUGCACUUGAACGGUUCUUUAAGCCUCUGGGCUUUCGAAUUUUCUGUCCUGACCCACCUAGACGGUGGUUUUUCCUGUCGCAAAUGGGUUCAAGCGAUGGGAUUUCAUUCUUCUGUCAGCGGAGAAAACACCUUAAAACGAGUCUCGGUGUGUAUAAUGUGCUUGGUGGAUGAGGAAGGUAAUUGAGUGCGGCUUAUAAUGGCUUGAUAGAGGAGAUCCCCUGUGGAGUUUGAAGUAUUUAUUUAUUUAUUUAUUUUUUCUGGUUCACGUAUUGGGUAUAGAAAAUUAAUGCUGUGAGAGAAUGAACUCGGUCAAAGUCUGGGACUCUCUGAAUCUCUGGGUUGCAGCCAAAUAAACGCCACAGGUCCACCAUUUCUCAGAGAACAAAAUCUGGGUGCUUCAUGGGCAGUUUGAAAUUUAGUCAAACUGUUUGUAGCGUUUUGGAGUUCUUCGUUGUCAGGAAGCUUGUAAUAAGUAUCCUCGUGUAGUUUGAUAUUUAGUCCCCACGCACUGACUUCAUUGGCCAUCUUCCCCUCUUCUAUACUGUGAUAGGUUUGCCGGGCUGGGAGCUGGUCUUGCUUGGGGUACGCUUCAAGAAUCUGCAAAGAGGCUCAUAUUUGGAGCGCCCCAGUCUAACGAGAAGCAAUCGGUGGUCUCACCAUUCUUGUCAGAGCAGAAUGCAGAGCGUUUGGCACUUGCGCUUUGCAGGAUGCGUGGUGCUGCAUUAAAACUGGGACAGAUGCUGAGCAUCCAAGAUGAGUCCCUCGUACCUGCACCGGUACUACAAUCUUCUUUUUUUCUGUAUUUUUUUUACAUUUAAUUUAAUAUAUAUUUUUCUUGUGUGUACAUUUAUUUUAGGGUUCCACAAAAGUAGCUCAGUUUAUAACAGUUGACUUACAAAUCCAGAACCUGAUGGAAGAGCGUGACUAGUCAUAUUGUUUCCGGGCUUUGUGGCUGAUAUGACCAGGAGAAUAUUUCAUAAUAUGCACAGCCUUUUUCCUACGCUGGUUUUAGUAUCUAUGAUAACCAAUAUCUAAUACACCUCAUAGUUAAGUAAAAGAUGUCAUACAUAAUAGUCAGGAUGUGAACUGAUAGAUAAUAAGUCAUCGUGAUAUUAUUUAUGUUCACAUUAAAAUACGUCCAUUUGUUUAAUCUCUAGCUUGGUCUGAGAUAUAUCAUGUUUGGCCAAAAAGGCAGCAUUCUAUUUGCUAAUUGUCUGAUUGGAUGAUUCCCAAAUGCUAUAGCGAGCAUCAUGAUCAUGACUCGGGUCGGAAUCAACCCUCAACUGUAGGAGCCCAAUUCCUCUUGGUAGUUGGAUAGAGAAUUGUCUAAAGUUUGGAAGUUCCGACUGGGUUUCAGAUCACAGGGCUACCAUCUUACUUUUUAUUGCGCCAUGUUUCAUUACGGGGUGAAUAUUUUGAUCAGAGGGAUGAAACUGUAUUCAAAUAUUAGCUUCUUUGGGUUAGCAUGCUAAUUGGUUUUUGAUUGGUAUCCAUGUGAAGACAUGAAUCUUGAAACAGCAUACUUCUGGAUUUGCAAAAACAAGGAAAUACCAAAUCACAGGGAAAUGCUGCACACUCUCUCCUAUUGUAAAAGCUUGUUCGACAGUCUGGUGCGUUUUGGGCUUACCCGAAAGAAAACAUACUCGUUUAGACCAUUGAAAUAAGAUUCCUUCCACAUCGAUAAGCGAAAGGAUUCAAAACCCAUGAUGUAUUUAAAUCGGAAGCACAUAAUUUAGUACCACAGGUUUGAGCCAGCUUGAACUUUUUUCCCGCGGGAAUUUUCAAUUGCUUCAGUAUUGGCCGCAAUCAACAUGUUCCAAGGCGGAGAUUGUGUCUCUAAUCGUAUCUCCUCUCCUGGCCUUCCAGAGUUUUCAGGGUCCAGAGCGGAGUUCAUAUGGUACAUGUUAUAUGAUCCUUACAUAGAUGGAGGACUCAUCUUACUUUCCGUAUAAAAUUGCCUACAAUUCCAUUUUAAUUGUUGAAUGAAAUGUCACUAGAUAGUUCUUGUUGUCACCCAAAAUUCACUAUUUUUUAAAUUAUCCCAUAGAAUGAUUAAUGAGGUUGUCAAUGGUCUGUUCGCUUGUUGAGUCAAUUCCAUACAAUGUAGAACAUGGCAUGAAUAUUGACAUGAAACCAAAGCUAUGUAGAUGUUGGAGCUAUAGUGUCAUUGUCAUGGACGACCUGUCCAUCUGAAGGGUGACCUUAUAUAUUUUUAAUGUAUAUCUGUCAUGUAGAUUUUGGCUGCUUUGGAUAUUGUGCGUCAAGGUGCUGACGUUAUGCCUAGAAGCCAGCUUGACAGUGUCUUAGGCACUGAGUUGGGACCCGAGUGGUCUUCAAAGUUGAGUAGUUUUGAUUAUGAGCCACUAGCUGCAGCGAGUAUUGGCCAGGUAUGCUCAUUUUUUAUUUCCUCCAUUUCUCAUGCUGUUUUGUUAGUCUUUCCAGCUAUACAAAUUUCUCAGCUCGUUUGAUUAAUUACAUUGCAAAACUUGCUUUGAUGCGCAAAUGUCCAACUAUUUUCUCUCUUUCAAAAGAACAGCAGACAUAAAAAUAUAUCUGAAUUUGAGGAGAUUGAAUAUCAAUUCAUAAAGCUUACUGUUUCUGAAAAGGAAAAGAAAAAAUUGCCACUUUUCCUGUUAGUUCUCUUCGUGCUCUUAUUGCAAUUAAGUGAAGGGGUUCUGUAAAUGGAUUCAUACUGCUCGACGGUUUCACUUUAAUGGGUGAUUAAAUUCGUUUAGCUCAUGCCUCAGAUACUGCAAGGAAAGUCUCAAUAGGCUCUCUGAGUAAAACAAACUGGAUUUGAAGAUGCAAAGAAAACGAGGGGCGAGUCUGAUGGGCCAAGUUAGUGAUCUUUCCUUGGUACACCAAAACCAUCUGGUCAUUGAGUAUCAUCUGCUCUCAGCUGGAAGUUAUCGGUUACCAAAAGAAAUCUGUUUUGUUUCUAGUCUGUCUGGGGUCUAGAUGCUAGACAGGAUGCAGUCAUAAUUGAAGACCUUUACUCCCCUUCUGUAAGGAGGAUUUUUUUAUGACUUGAAAAAACAUUUUAAACCCUUCUGUAAGGAGGGUUGGGUCCAUUUACGAUUGCUGAGUAAAGAUCCUGGCCAAAUGUUGCCGAGGUUGUCUAUUUAAGGAAGUAGUUUACAAAAAUUGAAGUAUGGGAGCUUUCGUAUGUUUAUGCUGGUUAGUCAUAACUUGAGUCUGAUAUAAUCUUUCUCCUGGUAUGAACAACUCCAUGAAUUGGUCCAAUAGACUUUUCUUUACCAUCUAGAAUCUGUUUACAGUUGUAUUUUUUUCUUUCGUGCUGAGAUUCCAGGUUCAUCAGGCAGUCAUGAAGGAUGGUUUGAAGGUUGCUGUUAAAAUACAGUAUCCAGGUGUUGCAAACAGCAUUGAAAGUGAUAUCGAGAAUGUGAGACGACUUUUGGAAUAUACAAACUUAAUUCCAAAAGGCCUUUUCCUUGAGAGGGCCAUAAAGGUAUGCUUCCAAUAGAUCCUGGUAUUGAACUUUAUUUUUAUCCGGGAAAUGAUGCAUAUUUCUUUUUGGAUUGUGCUCUGCUCGCAACUUUAAGAUAAAUGGUGCAUGAAGAAAAAGAGGGGAUAGAAAGGUGGAGGGAUCAGAAGAUGAAGAAGAAACUCGCCUGUGAGCUUUAUGGGCCACCCUCAACCACAUGAGAAAAAGGGCAUCAUGUUGGGAAAUUUUCAAGAAUAUUUGCUUAAUAUGAUCUGGUUCUGCUCCUGAGGUGGCUGAUUUGGCCAAUCCGAUCCAAUCAAGAUCAGUUCUCUUUCUGUUAAUUUUGGGGAUCCAGUCCUAUUUAACAUACCAUGUUCCUGAGCCUGAUUCUUUGCUUGUUUCAUAAUCAACUCUAUUUGCGUUUCCAAUACCUCGAUUUCUUUUUUGUUUUCUGUCUUUCCACAUAACUACUUCCAUGUUGUUUUUGGAAAGUGAGGCUUGUUCACAUGUUCUAUGAUUAAAUCCUGUGUGUAGUCCAUUAUCACAUAAAGUUAUGGAGUCAGGCUUAUUACUUUGUAUGAAUGCAGUAUGAUCUCCGCAUCGUAAAUCAGCAUCAGUUUCACGAAACACUUUUUACUGAAGGGUUUUGACUUUGUAGGUAGUCAUUGAGGUUGGUCGUUCAGUAGAUAGCAUAUAGUAACGCAUUUUUGCAUCUCAGCAGUUUAUGAUACCUCUGCCAAGUAUAAAGAUGACGACUGUGAAUGCCUUUGACUGUUGCGAAUUUAUUUUUUUUGAAAGUUUCUAAACUCUUGAUCAUCUCUUCAUACAUCUAUUUGAUACUGUUUCAACUCUUGAGCUCGUUUCUUCCCUAGGCAACUUCCAGUUAUUCUAUGGGCUCUAAUCUGAUGUAGAACGAAUACAGCGGCUAAUAACGUUUGGGGCAGUUAAAACCUACAAGAAGACUUUUCUUGUUAAACAGUAUUGUUCUUAAUGAUCUUAUUAGCAAUGUUUUGUAGGUAGCGAAAGAGGAGUUAUCACGGGAAUGUGAUUACGAGUUAGAAGCGGUAAACCAAAAGCGAUUCCGUGAUCUGGUAUCUGGUGCAGAUGGCUUUUAUGUUCCCAAGGUCAUAGAUGAUUUCUCUAGCAGAAAAGUGUUAACAACUGAGCUUGUCUCUGGUAAAUACUUUGUAUACAAUCAGAACCCACCCUGUUUUUAGUAUUAAUCUGGAUUUUAUUGCAGGUGUUAGUUAUGGAUACCUUAUUCUCACUGAUAGCCAGUACCCUUUUACGGCCUUUCUUCUGCAGGCGUGCCUGUUGAUAAGGUGGCAUUACUCGAUCAGGAAGUUCGCAACUAUGUUGGGAGGAAAUUGCUUGAGCUGACCCUCAAGGAGUUAUUUGUCUUUCGGUUCAUGCAGGUGGGUCUAUCCAAAUGAGAAAGCAAUCCCAUUUAUUUAUCCCUGUUCAUAGUGAGAACUGAUUCCGCCAGUGACCCACAUGUUAUGGAGAACUAUGAAAAUAUAAAUUAUUACUAAAUCUUGCAACAGAUGCAUCGGGCAAUAUGGAAAAUUGAGGCACUGCCUCUGUCUUAGAUUUUUUUAAAAAAUAAAGUCAGAUAUGCCCAUUCUCUCUUCUAUAUAAUGUGGAAAAUUGAUGGAAAACUUAUUGGAUGCUACAAUGAUUUGUCUUUAUUCCCCUAUUUCUAUAUCGCAUGAGCACAAUGGCUGAACCAUGAUCAACUUUCUAUUCUGACUGCAUGAUCUACUGGAUGUUGAUCAGACCGAUCCCAAUUGGAGCAAUUUCUUGUACGAUGAGACCACCAAAAUGAUCAACCUCAUCGACUUUGGGGCAGCUCGAGAGUAUCCAAAAGGUUUUGUGGAUGAUUAUCUCCGAAUGGUAUGCCUCCAUGACUCAGCACUCCAGCCUUUGGGAACUUGUUGAAUUGAAUUGCCUGUAAUGCGCGAUCAUAUUUCUUUGGAUCACUUCUUUCUUCCGAUGAAAUUCUUCCAUGAUUUGGUCUCUCUUUCUUUGCCUAUUAUGGUGGUUUUAUCAUUUCAACACGAUUUAGAAAAGGUUUUUAUAUCUGCUUCCAGGUAAAAUCAUAUUUUAUGUUCUUUCCCUAAACUUAAUGGAAAGGCUCGAUUGGAUUUGAUUUUCUGAUCCUUUCAGUUGUAGAUGAUAAGCAUAAAACCCCUUCCCAUAGUCUUCAACCUGUCAUUUACAUACUAUGCAAAUCACGUGCAUAUAUUACUUCUAGUUCUUAGUGGGUAUGGAAAUUACUGUUCUACGGCAUUCCUGUCUAGUUUUCUUCUGCAUCAAGUCUAAGGAGAGGACUUUUGACAACAUUUAGUCACCGCGCAAUGAUUGAGCGAGCUUACUUUGUUCAUUUCCUAAAAUGGUUCUCCUGUCAUUUGAUCAUUCUCAUGUUGAAAUCAUAGGGAAGCAUAUAAUUCUUAUAGAGAUCCAAAGAAAAGUGGGAUAAUAUAGAAGGGUCUUUAGAAGGAGGUUUCCCCCCCUCAGACACCUCCAUAUUUAUCAUGCAGCGGUCAUCUAUAUAAACAUUCCCACCACCCCAAAGUAACUAAAUUAGAACUCCUGCUUAUCAUUUAGCUUGAUACCCAUAUAAAGAGAAUCUGUGCUCUCUCUCUCUCUCUCUCUCUGUUGGGGUGGGGGAUAGAAUAGUCAUUGUUUCGGAUGCAAUUAGAUGUCCUCAUUCCUCUAUCUCCUCUAAUGCAAGGAUUCACCUCUCGUUUCCGUGUUGGCAUCUAUCUGUUGGGUACAACUAGGACGGGAACACAUUUCAUUUGUCCAUCCCUUAAAAUCUAGAAGCUCCAAAGACAAGGCAGUGGUCAACGCUUCGUCACCUUAUCGAUAAGGUACAUCAUCUCAGCAGAAGCAUAGAUAAUAAAAUGCUUUUGUAGUAUGAUAUGAUCUAAUAAUGGCAGCAUUCUAUGCAUAUUGACUGUCUUGACGGGUGAUCAUCUUUUGUGAUGUGUUGAAAGAUUUGAUAUUUCAUACAACAGUAGUAAGCUGAGCGUGAGUUCGAUCUGCCCAUCCAAUCGUAAGCUUUCUUAGCUGUGUGAGAUGAUGAACACAAAUUAAUGUCGCCCACUGCACUAGAUGAAGAUCGGGGACCGCACAUUUAUGAACGAAAUUCUUCAAAUAGGCUAAUUUUUCUAUGAUUGCGGUGGGUCCUUUGGGGUGGGUUGAAGGCAGGAAACGCGUUGGGUAUCCACGCAUCAUCUCGUCUUGAUUUCGAUUUUCUUGUCAAGGGGGAGAUGGAAUGUGGAUUACCAUCGGAAGAAGAAUGCAUACUCAGACGAACCCAACCCACCCUCGCAGCUGCGCGUGGCUCUAAUGGAGAAAAGCUUUAUGAUUCAGGGGAAAAGCUUUCGUGAUAUGAGUUUCGCUCUAAUGUGGUGAGCAGGUGCUGGCUUGUGCGGAGGCGGACGGGGGCUCCGUGAUCGAGAUGUCCCGGCGGCUGGGCUUCCUCACCGGCAUGGAGUCGGAGGUGAUGCUGGAGGCGCACGUACAGGCCGCCUUCAUCGUCGGGCUGCCCUUCGGCACGGCCGGGGGUUACGACUUCCGGUCGUCCAACAUCACCCACAGCAUCUCCGGCAUCGGGGCGACGAUGCUGAAGCACAGGCUCACGCCGCCGCCGGACGAAGCCUACAGCCUCCACCGGAAGCUCUCCGGAGCCUUCCUGGCCUGCAUCAAGCUGGGCGCCGUGGUGCCGUGCAGAGAGCUCCUGCUGCAAGUUUAUCAGCAGUACUGCUUCUCCGACGACAACGAGGAGACGAUCUCCAGCAGUGUAGCCUGA